AUGUUUGUCUGUACAUUUUUAGCAGGCGUGUUCACAAUGGUGAUUUGGGAAUUUGCAAAAAGUUAUGCUCUGUUUGCGGUUUAUUGUGUCUUGUAUGGAUUAACCGCUGGUGGAUUUGUGUCACUGUUACCUGUAACGUGCGCGGAUAUUGUGGGAGUUGAGAACAUCCAAAGAGGUCUAGGCAUGGCUUACAUGACUACAGUGAUUGGAAAUUUACUUGGCACCCCGAUUAUUGGUUUACUUCAAAGUACGUUUGGCUGGACAGCAGCUAUUCAAUUUGCUGGUUCCAUGUCUAUUAUAUCAGCCUUUUUUAUGAUUAUACUUCGUAUGAGUAUGUCUAAAGGCAAAUUACUAGCUAAAGUUUAA